AUGGCGUCCGAGCUGGCCCUGCACGGGCCCGACCUGCCCACCAGCCCGCUGGCCAUGGAAUAUGUUAAUGACUUCGAUCUGAUGAAGUUCGAGGUGAAGAAGGAGCCCGGCGAGGCGGACCGCCUCAUCAGCCAGUGCGGCCGCCUCAUCGCCGGCGGCUCGCUCUCCUCCACCCCCAUGAGCACGCCCUGCAGCUCCGUGCCCCCCUCGCCCAGCUUCUCGGCCCCCAGCCCGGGCUCGGGCUCGGCCUCGGGCGGCGGCGGCGGCGGCGGCGACCAGAAGGGCCCCCUGGAAGACUACUACUGGAUGACCGGCUACCCGCAGCAGCUCAACCCCGAGGCGCUGGGCUUCAGCCCCGAGGACGCCGUGGAGGCGCUCAUCAGCAGCGGCCACCACCACCCGCUGCAGAGCGCCGCCGCCUUCGACGGCUAUGCCCGCGGACAGCCGCUGGGAGCCGUCAGCAGCGCCGCCGGCCCGGGGGGGUCCCUGGCCGGGGACGAGAUGGGCUCGGCGGCCGCCGUGGUGUCGGCCGUGAUCGCGGCGGCGGCCGCCCAGCAGGCGCCCCAUUACCACCACCACCACCACCCGUCGGGCGGCCACCACCACCAGCAGCACCCGCAGCCGUCGGGCAGCGUGCAGUCCACGGGCGGCAGCAGCAGCAGCAGCGGGGGAAGCAGCAGCAGCGGGGGAAGCAGCGGCGGCGGGGGGCUGCACCACCACCACCCCCACCCGCUGCCCUUCGACGACCGCUUCUCCGACGAGCAGCUGGUCACCAUGUCGGUGCGGGAGCUGAACCGGCAGCUGCGCGGCGUCAGCAAGGAGGAGGUCAUCCGGCUCAAGCAGAAGCGGCGCACCCUCAAGAACCGCGGCUACGCCCAGUCGUGCCGCUUCAAGCGCGUCCAGCAGCGGCACGUCCUCGAGUCCGAGAAGAACCAGCUGCUGCAGCAGGUCGAGCACCUCAAGCAGGAGAUCUCCAGGCUGGUCCGGGAGAGGGACGCCUACAAGGAGAAGUACGACAAGCUGGUCAGCAGCGGCUUCCGAGAAAACGGCGCCAGCAGCAGCGACGGCCCUUCCUCGCCGGAGUUUUUCAUGUACCCAAGAGAAUCUUCUACAUCAGUGAUGUGAGAAUCCCUGUUGCCUGAAGACUGAAAAGAAAACCUGAUGCUGGAUUGCAGAUGGCUUGCAACAAUUUUCUGGCAUGAAGACAGCUACAAAGCACAAGCAAAACAAUCCCCACAGACAAAUGAACUCAGAACAAAGGAAGAACAAAAAAAAUGGAGUUUUCAUGGCGUUGAAGAGUCCUUUAUUUUUCCUCAAGUUUUCUUUUCUUAAAAAAAAAAAAACUUUCGCGGGAACUUUCACGGGGACAAGUCAGACUUGCUCUUCAGGUGACAAUAUUCAAGCAUGUUCUUUUACUACAUUUAAAUUGAAAAGAAAUAAACUGAACGGAACACAGUGCCAAGAGAACAUGGGACACUGCAAACAUCUGGUACAAUUGAACCCUCCUUAAAACUGUAAUCCAAGAACUCGAUGGAAUACAUUUGAACCCCUUUCAAUUGAUUAUCUUCUGUGUUUAUAAAGAGACAACAUUAUCCCAGUAAUAUUUAGAGAAUGGUUUGCAAAUGUACCUUUUAAUAUCAUAUUUUAAGGAAAUCCUGCAAUAUAUUUAAUUAGAAAGAGAGUAACCUGGAACUUUGGGCCCCUUCUCUUUCUUGGGAAGGUAGUUUUAUUUGUGGCCAAGGAGACUUUUUUGAUGAUUUAAAAGUCGCGGGUGGUUUUGUCACACCCGCUGUGCAUUGACCGUUAUCAGAAUCACAGGCAACGGGAGGACCUCAUC